AUGUCACGCAGUAGCGGACAAUGGAGCGUUAACACACAAGAAGAGGAGGCCUUGCUACGCUCUCCGGGGGAUGCCAAAGGUGCUUGUUCGGCAUCAAAGAAAAGGCCUAGGGCAAAACCCAGUAAGGAGGGGUUGAAGGCUAAAGCCAUAUACAAGGCGGCGGUCAAAGUCCACGAGAGACUUAGCUGCAAGUCCAACCGGACGAAGGAAGAGGAGGAAAGGUUGGCUUGGGCUAAGGAGAAAAUGGAGGAAGGCCGGGCGUACUACGCGGCAAGGCCACGAUUCACUGCCACGGAUCCGGGAUUCGUUAACCGGAUAGAGGAAGGAAUCGCGGCUAAAAGGCAGCGGUCUGCUGAAAGCGAGACAGCAAGGCCAGCCAAAAAAUCGAGGCGCAGAGACGACGCUGCAAAGCCAAACGUCAGGCUCGAUCUAGAGAAACCGACUACAUCGAGAGCGGCGGCAAUGGCCAGUGAGAUAGCCAGAAGACACCUUAUCGUGGCACUCAUAGACCGGAGCAAUCCGUUGGGACAAAUCUCUCAGGAGCGCUGGGGAGCAGUAGAGCAUAAGCUGCUGGAUGCGCUCGUCGCAAAAAUGGAUGGGGACCCCACCACGACCAUGCCAACUUUCGAUGGUGCGGGGUGGCUAAAUGGGGUGAAAAUAAUAAGAUGUAAGGACGAUCCCUCUCUACUAUGGGUAAAGGAAGCUGUUGCGACGCUUCAAGGCCUGUGGGAGGGCGCCGUCUUGGAGGUUGUGGACCGCAGCUGCAUACCAUCCAUACCGAAAGCGAAGGUGCUCAUACCCCGCACGGUAAAACCGGAGAAUGCGCUGCGGCUUCUGCAGAGACAGAACCCAGACGUGCCGACGGGAGAUUGGAGGGUGUUAAAGGUCACCAACUCCUGUAAGGAGGAUGGCAGCCAAAAUUACAUCCUCCAAAUCCAAAUAUAUACGUGAGCGACUGAGGUGUUUAGACGUGUUUGGCUCUGCUCGGAAAACUUUGUAUUGCAAAAAUGGCAAAGCGACCAUAGCCAAGUGUUAAAAAUCGCUAAAUAUGCGAGAUAGAGACUCAAUAAGCGAAUUUAUGUUUUAUUAAUUACAAAUAAAGUGAACAAAAUUCCAAAACUAACUAUUUUAUAUUGAAAAUAAGUUUUUCACAUUUAUACAAAAUAUAAACAUAGAUCAUAUACACAGAUAAAUAAACGGAAAAAAUGGGUGUGUGUGCAAAAUGCAAUUCCACAAUAAGAGGGGAAAGUGGUAUAGCAUGUGAAGGAGUGUGUGGUAAAGUGUACCAUGAGAGCCUACAAUGUUCAGGAGUUGAUAAAUAUAGCGCAAAAAUUAUUGGUGAGAAAAACAACCUGAUACGAUUUAUGUGUGACGAAUGUAUAACAUACAUACAAAACGUCGACCUGGUGCUACAAGAUAUGCAGAUGAGUGUAAAAAAAAAUAACUCUAUAUUAAACGAAUACAAGAGCGAAUUCGAAGAAACUAUGAAAAAAAGUCAAAAUGAGAUAAAGUCACUAUUGGAAGCAGUUGAAACGCGGUAUACACAACGUGUUGCAAUGAUGGAAAAAUCUCAGAAAUUAUUUGAAAAAAAAAAUUGGAGAAGUAAAAAACUUAUAUGAAAUGGUUGAAGAAGUAAAAAACAAAACUGAAACAAUCGGCAAAGACAACGAAAAGGUGCAUAGUGAAAUCAAAAAGCUGAACAACAACACUAAUGAACUACAAAUGUCAUAUGCAGAAACUAUUAAAAACAAUAUAAAGAAAAAGGCAUUGCCAGAGUUAAAAAACGAUGUUGCAAUAAUUGUGAAACCCAAAGUAAAGCAAGCGGUUGAAAAAACGAAAAUAGAUCUGAACAGCAAAGUUGAUCCCAAAAAUUUGAAUAUUUCGAAAAUUGUAUCAAAAAAUAAUGGUGUAAUGGUGAUUCAUAGUCAAAAUAAUGAUGAACGCGAAAAAAUCAAAGAUGCCAUUGAAAAAAACAUUGGCAAAGAAUAUGAAAUAAAAGUGCCAAACUCAAUUCGUCCAAGCUUCUUAAUUGCAGGAAUGAAUUUUAAAUACGAAAAUAGCGAUUUAAUAGAAUCAAUAAGGAAGCAAAAUAAUAACCUGAUCCAAGGCUCAUUAAAAGUAUUGAAGCAGUUUGAAAGAAAUCGAGGCAACAUAAAGGUGUAUAAUGCAAUCAUCGAAAUAGAUAAAGAGGAUUUUACAAAAAUUCUUGCCGCAGAGCGAAUAAAUGUCGGGUGGGAUAGAUGUAAAGUCUUCGAUGCUAUUAAUGUACUAAUGUGCUACAAAUGCAAAGGAUUUAAUCAUAAAUCAGCCGACUGUAAAAACGAAGAAGCUUGCCACAAAUGCCACGGAAAACACAACGAUAAAACAUGUGAAAAAAAUCCAAUUAACAAGUGUCUAAAUUGCAUAAAAGCGAACACAAAAUUAAACCUAGCUUUAGACAUAAAUCAUGAUACAUUUGACAGGCACUGUCAAUGCUACAAUAAUAAACUAGAGAUAAAAAAACAAAAAUUAGGUUAUUAGCAACUAAAUGAAGAUGCAGAAAACACACAAAAAAUAUAUAAUGAAAAAUUCAAGAAACACAAAAAUAAACUAAAAUGUAUAUAUCUUAAUACAAAUAGUAUCACAGCUAACAAAAAUGAAGUUGAAAUAAUGAUCGAGGAAGGAAAUCCAGAUAUUGUACUUUGUGCAGAAACACAUACUACGGAGGAUGUAUAUGACUCGGAACUGGAGAUUGCUGGGUUCAAUCAUAUUAGAUGCGACUCGCAUAGUCGUCACACCGGUGGUGUCUUAACCUAUAUUCAUAAGCAAAUUGAUUUCAAAGUUAUAUUCAAUAGGAGCAUAGGUAAUAAUAUAUGGUGUAUUGUGUUGGAAACAAUACGAUGUAUAACUAAGUGGCGGAUUUGUGCGUUAUAUCACUCACCAAACACCAGUGAUGCCGAAUUUAUAAGACAUAUUAAUGAGGUGAUGGAAGAUUGCUUUUCUGAAAGCGGCAACAAUAUCGUUAUUGGCGACUUUAAUAUAAAUGUCAAUACACACACAACAUACUCGAGCCAGCUAAUUAGGACGUUCGAAUCACUAGCAAUGUAUCAAUUAAUUAAUUUUAAUACAAGAAUAACAGAAACAACGCAAACGAGAAUAGAUCUACUCUUUAGUAACAAAACUGAAGUUGAAGUAUCGAAUUUGGCUUCGCAUAAAAUAUCAGAUCAUGAAACUAUUUCAUUCAAACUACCAAUUCAAAAGAAGUACCAAAUGAGAAUUUAUGAAAACCGCGUGUGUUGGAAUAACUAUACAAAAGACCACUUAGUAAAUCUCCUUAGAACUUACAAUUUAGCUGAACUAAACAACUGCGAAGUUAGCCUAAAGGUCCAAGGAAUAAAGAGUAUCCUCAAUGACGUAAUGGCCACUUUAACAUAUAAAAAACGAGUUCAAGUUAAAUUGAUUAAUAAAUGGUACGACCAUGAACUAACAGAAUUGAAUAAGCUGAAAUAUGAACAAUUUAAAAUAGCAGAGAGAUCCAAUAAUUGGGAUAACUAUAUUAUAAUAAAACGAUAUUACAAAAAAGCAGUUAAAAUAAAAAAGAAAACAUUUAUGGAAAACGAAAUCUCAAGAAAUACUAAUAACCAAAAGUUAAUGUGGAAAUGUAUAAAAGACGCCAUAAAUCUGAGUAGUGAGGUAGCACAAAUUCAAAAAAUUUCUGUAAAUGGUGCUCUUAUUGAAGAUGAUUAUGAAAUAGCAACUGAAUUAAACCGUUACUUUAGUGAGAGCAUAAGUAGAAUCCGAGAUAGCAUUGAAAUCUUCGAAGCAGGUGGAAAUCAAAUGGAGAUAAACAGAAGCUUGUUUAAACUGAAAGAAAUAGAUGUUGAAGAACUUAUGAGAGUUACAACGAAAUUAAAAAACAAAUACGGAGGAAAAAAAUUAGUAACGGAAGGUGUAUUAAAAGACAGCAUGGAGUACUUAGGCUAUACCUACACAUGUGUAAUUAAUGAAAGUUUCCAAUUUGGUGUAUUUCCAGAUUGCUGGAAGACAUCAGUAAUUGUACCUGUUGAAAAAGUAAAGGGAACAAUUAAGCCAGAGGAGAUACGACCCAUAAAUACCUUACCUAGCGAUGAGAAAAUAAUAGAAACUGUAGUUAAGAACCAAUUGCUGGAUUACUUAAAUAAAUACGAAAUUAUUAUAAAUGAGCAGUCAGGGUUUAGAUCAAAACACUCGUGUGAAACUGCACUUAACCUGGUAGUUGCAGAAUGGAAAGAAAGUAGAACGAAGAAACAAUUUACAAUUUCAGUUUUCCUCGACCUAAAAAGAGCGUUCGAAACAGUAGACAGAGAUAUUCUUAUAAAAAAACUGUAUAAUAUUGGCAUUAGAAAUAUAGCGCUUAACUGGUUCAAAAGUUACCUUAGUGGAAGAAAACAGAAAACUGUAAUAAGAAGUAAGACUUCCCCCGAAGUGGACAUUGAAAUAGGAUUGCCACAGGGAUCGGUGCUUGCAGCAAUUCUUUUUAUAAUUUACAUAAAUGAUAUUAAAAACUGUAUCAAAUACUGCAAAAUAAGAUUAUUCGCUGAUGAUGCACUUUUGACUAUAAGCUGUAACACGAUUGAUGAGGCAGCCUCAAAAAUACAGUCGGACCUACAGGCAAUAUAUAAGUGGUUGUGCCAAAAUAUGCUUAAAAUAAA